AUGAACAACUCUAUAGACCUAUUUGAGAACCAGGAUUACGAGGAGAGGAUACAGCGUAAUCGAAAGUACGAAGAAAUUGAAGAAGAUGAAGAGGAGGAAUCGUCUAGUUCAACAUCAGAACAAGGAGAUUUCCCGACAAGAUUGAAGUCUCUUCUCAAGCUUGAACUAGUUGAAAAAUUCGAUACAGCCUAUUUUGCUAUUAUCAUAGGAUUUGCAAUCUCGGCUAACAUCUGCUAUGAAUUCCCAUACCCUUCUCGUUGGCUCAGAAUAUGCGGUAUAAUAUUCUUUGCUUUCGCUGUAUUUUUCUUUCUUGCAAAUUUGAGUUUAUUCAUAAUAGGGUGCUGCUAUCACCGAGAGAGAAUAUAUGCUUAUCAUACCGACCGAAGAAAGUCGUCAUUUAUCGGCGCUUUUGUCAUGGGAUUCAUCACGAUAAUAACAUUUAUUCACCAUCUUGUAGGUGAGAAACAUGCCAUCUUUGUGUGGACUUUAUGGUGGAUUGCAGUCUUCUUGUCAAUGUACUGUUAUGUCAUAUUCUACCUAUCCUAUUUCUCAAAAUUAAGUAAGAAGUACACCUUACAAGACGUAAAUUUUACUGCAAUAUUAUUGCCCGUUACGUUCGUUGUCGUUGCUUCGAAUGGAGAAACAAUUGCUCCAAGUUUACCUACUUUGGAGUUAAGAAUUGUAACAGAGUUGGUCAGUUUGGCACUCUGGAGUAUUUGCUGCUGUUUUGGUUUAAUCUUAAUUCCAAUAGUUAUGCUCCGAAUGAUGAUAUACAAAAUUCCCGAUUCCGCCUCAGUGUUUGCCCUCUUUCUUCCAAUUGGUUACGUUGGCCAGCUAAGUUAUUUCAUUAUGCUUUUCGGAAAGAAUAUGUCGCAAAUGAUUCCUAACCACAAUAUUGCCGAGUCAUUCACAGUAGCUUGCGGUCUUGUUUCGUUCGUAUUAAUGUCAUUUGGAUACCUUUUGACUCUACUAGCAAUCGGUUCUGUGUUAUCCAAGAUAAAACCCUUCGCCAAAACUCCAAAUCCAACGUACUCUUCUUCAAAAACCGGCCUAUUAGUAUGGCACAAGUCGUUUUGGUCCAUGAAUUUCCCUAUCGGAACGAUGUCGUUGGCCAACAUAGAGCAUUCCAGGGGAACUGUUGGAGGCUACAAAAUAGAGUUUUUCAGAGUUGUAAGUGCCAUAUAUGGAGUAGCUUUGAUCCUAAUUACAAUUUGUAACUCGCUUGGAAUGUUGCACUACAUCUACAAGAGAUGCAGCAGCCUAUUUGAGAUCAGAAAGAACAAGUAUAAAUAUCCUUCACAUGAGCAACAAGAAUAG